AUGGCCAACACGGUGCCAAGGAACACGCUCCUCGGCAUGCUGGAGGAGAUCCGGCGCCAGCAGAUGAAGAAGUAUCUGCUCCAUCGAAUGUUCCUCGUUGCAAUGCUGCCAGAAAACACAGACGGCGGAGAAGUCAUAGCUUUCCAUGAACAACUUUUUAAGAGGAUUGCCAAGUUCCACCUGGGGGAACCCGUCUCGGGAGUUCUUCUCAUCUAUUCUAGCUGUAUUCUUCAUGUUCUCGAGUCAUCCAGCGGCACGCUCUACCACAUCCUUAAGGAGCUGGCAGCUUCAGAAAACCAGGGGCCAGAGCCUUUCCUGCGUGACGUGAAGAUCCUGGUGGUGUCUCACAACAUCCCGACCAAGCUCUUCACACAGUGGUAUGCGACAACGGUGGACGUGCCAGAAAUUCUCGAAGACAUCUCUCAGACCCAGACUACGGAGGAAGUGAUCACGGAGUGUCUGACUCUCAUCCUCAAACUGGGAGUCUACCUCGCCACGCUCAAGGUGGGCAAUAAGGGCCUGGGAGACUGCCUCCACUCCGUCGUGCCGGAACUCUUGAUCCGAACAGAAACGAUUAAGUACCUUUGCAAGGCCGAAAAAUGCUUGAGUCCACAGGAAUUCCUGGACCUGUAUGACAACCCUCUGCAGCCUGUCAUGGACUCAGAAUCCGUGUGGCCCACGCCUGCUCAUCUGUUUGCAUGA